AAUGAUUUCCCUGGUCGCCUGUGGGUCCUCACCCCCUUCAGCUACUGCUGUAAACCCACCCUGCUCCACACCAGCGAUGCCCACUGAGGGCGCCAGGCCUCGGAGUCGGCUAGACCAGCGGCUUAGUUUGGACCGCAUCCUGACCUCUGUGGGUCCUGCGUGGUGCCGUUGGCCACGCCCUCACCUUUCUCGUCCACGUCACCAGUGUUCUCUCUUGCAGGUUCCUUUCCUUCUCUCACCUGGCAAGCCAGGUUCCUGAGUCAUCUGAGGUGGAAAGGUGGUGCGCUCAAGUAGUGAGAUGCAGACUCAGGUCCCCGUUCAGCAGUGCGUUUGGGAAAAUCAUUAGUGUCCCUAAGCUGUGUAACCAUAGCUGCUAUAAGUUUCCGGUCACUUGGGAAGUAAGCCUUAGCAUAUUGAAAUUUGCCCCUCAGAUGAAUUUCUUCCUGAUAAAGUCUUGCAGGUAAAGACCCCUGGACCCUCUGAGAAGGGAAGGAACGGACCCUCACCUGCACUGCUUACUGCUCACACGGUGCUUGGCACGGCCCGGCUGCUGCUGGCUCGAGCCUCAGGUUCGCAGAAGCAAAGCAGUGUCACAUGGCUGGCGAGUCUCGAGCCAGCACUGUCCCCACUCUCCUGCUGUCCUGCCUUAGGACUGAGAAUGCCCCUCUCUCUCUCCAUACUUCCCACUCCCUGUAGGAAAAAUUGCCUGUCUUUGAGUCUGCGUGGAAGAAGGAGAAGGACAUCGUCUCCAAGGAGAUCGAGAAGCUCCGCGUGUCCAUCCAGACGCUGUGCAAGAGCGCGCUCCCCCUGGGCAAGACCAUGGACUACCUGCAGGAGGACGUGGACGCCAUGCAGCAUGAGCUGCAGCUGUGGCACAGCGAGAACAAGCAGCACGCAGAGGCCCUGCAGGAGGAGCAGAGCAUCACAGACAGCGCCGUGGAGCCGUUAAGGGCCCAGCUCGCGGAGCUGGAGCAGCUGAUUAAAGAUCAGCAGGACAAGAUCUGUGCCGUGAAGGCCAACAUCCUGCGGAAUGAGGAGAAAAUUCAAAAAAUGGUGUACAGCAUCAAUUUGAGUUCGAGAAGGUGAAAGCUCCGAAGUCUCACAGACUAGCAGUUGUCCUCAGCUGGAAAUGGAAGAUAGGACAUCAUUCCUUCUGAACUGUCAGCUUGCUAAGAAAAUGAAUGGUUUCCAAGGUUAUGCAACUACUUUUCAGAGCUUUAAAACUGCAGGCAUAUUCAGUGCAUGGAAAAGACCAUGUGCUCCUGCCUUCCUCCAGCUAGAACCCCUGAUAGUUAUAAAUAGCUCUUCGAAACACGUGUGUGAGGAGUUUCUUUGCGAGCCUGUCCUGUGUGUUUCUGCAGGGGCCUAUUGUGUUCAGUUCUGUACUGGAAUUCUUAGGCAGUGAGUGGCCUUGGCACACCAAGGCAAACAGUGGCCGUUGACAUCAGGAUUUAGGUCUAGAGACAAGACUUCCUAAGUCAGGCGCUGAAUGAAGGACGGUAACACUUUCUGAUUGGCACUUUAGGAAUAGAAUGAGGCCUGAGGAUGAAUGAAUUAUACUUGUAGUUAAUUUCCACUUGAAAAGGGUUCAUUUCAGCCUAUGCCUUUAUUAAGGGGUGUGUGAACUUGUUUUUUUAGCCUCUUUAUAAUUGCAUAUGCUUCUUCAUGUAAUUUUCCCAUUGGUCCCUAUUAUCUUUUGCUUGUGUUUCUAGCCCUUAAAGUUCAUACAUUUAAAAAGGAGGUUCCAGUGUAGCCUUCAUGACCCUGCCUGGACGUGAGGUUGUCCCAGGCUGUCCUCUCUUUCUUUAGCAUUUGCCGCUGUGUUCCCUACGGGGUACUGGUGUGGCUUGGCAGGGGCCCCUGUUCUCUUUAAGAAGAGGGCUUGCUCCCCAAGGCACUGACACCAUGUCCUUUCCUUCGCACAGGUUUGUGCACCUGUGCACCUGCGAGACAGGUAGCUUAGGGAAAACUGUAAAAGGAAGACUUAAAAAGAUGCACUGAUUUAUAAAAAUUUUUUGAUGGGACCAUUUUUUGGGGGGAAAUUAUUUUUUAAAGCAAAAGUUUGUUGUUUUUUUUAAUGGUUUAUAUUUGGUUUUUCACAUACAUAUAAUUCUGUAAAUACUUAAGUCUUCAAGUUUGGGUGCAAAGAAUUGCACUAUUUGGAGACGUGUUUACUGGUCUUAGGCCUGGGUCCUGACAUUUUGUAUUUAUUAUGUAAGCCAAGAGUGCCCGAGGAAGUUUUGUUUCUUUAAGGAUCAGCACAAAUGGCACAGUUUAGUUUUCCUUCGUGUGAUUUCCAAAAUAAAUCUUUUACUAAGGUAGUUAUAUGAUUUUCUAAGCUGAAUAAGUUCAAAAUCAGAUUAUUAAGAGCUACCAUUUGGAAACAUUGGUCGUCUUCUCCUUUCCAGAGCACACUGUAAAAUUCUAUUUGAUCAGAUUAUACUAAAUACUUACUGGGGGAGGAGAGGCAUAUUAGUUACUAGCCCUUCAUAUACUUACAAUUUUUUUUCCCACUGAAUUCAAAUGACUUAGCCACAGCCCUCAAUGGACUCUGUUUUGCUUCAAGUUAAGAUGUCUGCCUUUUAUGAAUUUAUAUAUAUGACUAGAAUUUUUAUGUUGCAAAAAAUUACAUGCAUUGUAUGUGGGUAAAAUUUUGUAUGAAGUAAGUAUCAAAUUGUAUCAUAAAACUUAUUUUUUCUUUUAUACAUAAAUCAUUAAAGAUAAUCACAUAUUUUUUCUAUAAGUGUAUCGGUUGUGCAAUUCAGUUGACACCUGGAAAAAAUUUAUAAGCAUUUGGGUUUUUUGUAUUUUCAAAUGUGUGUAUUUUGUUUUUCUUUGAAGAAAGUUGAGGGAAAUUUAUUUCUUCAUAUUGCGACGCUUAUCUCGUCUGUAUAAAUUGAAAGUUUAUAAGUCAGAUAAGCAUUUAUCAGAAAUUUCAAGAUCAUUCGUGAAGUUUUGGAAAGUCUGCAUGUGAUUAUUACUGUAUCUUAUCACAGACAAAUUAAAUCCUGAUGUUAUUAUUUUGAUAAA